AUGUCCUCCUCCAUAGGCCUUCCAGGCCCCUCCAACAAACCCCCCGGUGACGCCCGCCUGAACCGGAAUUGGAACCGCUUCCUUGAUGCGCACAACCUGCGAAGAUUCUGGCAGACGUCCCGCGCCGACAUCGAUGACCUCUGCGCUACCGCCCUCUCGGCCCUACAAAUCUCCCGAAGCCAGCAGAUCGCUAUCGAGGACUCCAUCCUCGAGCUCUGGGAUCACAUAGGCCUCGUGGUGGACCACCUCAACCCAGAAGCGAACCCGGAAUGGAGGGCCGAUGAGCAGCUCGUCAAGCCCACGGCAUUGCGGCUCCAGGAGCAGCGGCGACGCCUCCAGGUACAAAUGGACCGGCGCGAGGACCUCUGGGAUCCCGUUUGGCUCGAGCUGGACAUGAAGAGGAGUCCAACGGCCGUUCCGCAUAGCGAGAGAAGCUGCUCAUCAACGGCCGUCGUCUUUGACGAGAAGAAGGGUUCGAAUACGCAGGAGACGGGGGCUGGGAAAGACGGGGAGGAGAGUCAGAUACUCAGGGUCGCCCAGACGCUGGCACACACGAGAUACUUCCUCGGCCACCCCGCGGGAGACCCAAUCUUCUCCUACGAUCCGCGGGCGCACCCAGGUCUCGCGCCAAACGAUGGGAAGCACUUUACCUAUCGCGGCCGGGUGCCCCGCGAUCCCAAGGAAGACGUGCUGCGCUUGCAGAUCCUCCUCCCCAAAGUCCUCGCACAGCUCGUAACCCUCAUCGGGUUUUGCCCCUCGUCGCCCCUCGACUUCCCGGAAGAGUGCACCGAUAUGCUGAGCCGCAGCAACACCCCGUCCGGCGAGCUCCUCUUGCAAAUCCACUCUUUAUGGAUGUUGCGAUUCGGCGAGAUCUGCCCGGCGAACUACGCGCGCUUCCUUGGCGCCAGCCCCGUGGUGCGGGAGUUUGCCUGGCUCGUCUGCGACAUCUGCAUCGAUGCCCACGGAACCUGGUCCAUACACGAGGUCCGACGCGGCAGGAGACUCAUGAGGGCUCUCGUCCCCGUCGUUGAUAUCUUGACAUCCGACAGGGAUCCGGUCUCGGCGUCGGCGUAUGUGGCGCUGGGCGAUAUCGCAGCAUUGCACCACGCGGAGGGUGAGAGGGAGGCAAGAGAUCUUGUCUUUGAGCAGGGACACUACGACUGCGCGUUGGUGUAUGAUGCAUCAAUCUGCAAGUCAAUCGCCUCCCUCUACGCAUCCUACACUGGAAGUCACCACCCCGCCGCCGGCGCACUCUUCCACCCGCACCCGAUAGCACCGCGGCACCCCUCCUCUCCCGUCCUCUCCCAAGACAACGACGACGACGUCUUCGCCAACGUCCCGAUUCCCGACGAGGUCGUAGCCGCGCACCACCGUAUCAAAUCACGCUGGGGACCCUGGGAUUUUGACUCAGAGCCCGAAGCCGAAUACAAACCCGCAGCCGACGACACUACACUCGUGCCUGAACACGUCGCCGCGCCCGAAAGACUCGUCGCAGGAACCAAGCGCAAGAGACAACAGGAGCACCACCAACAGCGCGAAAAAGAAAACGAGACACUCUCUCCCGCAGAAGCCGCAGAAACCGCACCUCCGCUCAAGAGAAGACGAGGCCGCCCUCCCAAACAACACCCGAAACCCACCACUUCCGAUCGCGCCGACGAUUGA